AUGGACAUCUUCAACGAGGAGUUGCGAGAAUUCAUCGGGCGGAUCACGCCAUCUUCGAGCCAAUCACAACGAAGAAUUCAAUCCCCUCAGUACUCACCUCACCAAACCAACAACUCCUCAUCCUCCCGCGCCAAUCUGCCACCCUCGGGCAAGGGUGUUGAUAAGGUGGAUCGUGGGGGCGAUGGUCUUCACUCCGAAGAUAUCCCCCUCAACGUCUUCAUGUCUGAUCCAGAGCUCAAUGAGCUUAUAUUCUUGGCCGUGAAGGUGCUUCGGAUACACCUGCAGGAGUUGCACAAGGUCAACGAGCUCUCGAAAGACUUCUGCUCGCGCUACAUCACCAGCCUCAAGACGAAGUUUCAGUCUGACCUUCUGCGAUUCCAAGAUUCCGAGCCGCCGUCUCCAGCCGGUUCUGAGGGGAUGUCUCCCUUCACCCCCGGCUCCUACCCCCCACGCCUCCCACAGGGGAACAGCGAGUACCCAGGGUACAAUCUCGGUGGAAUCCUGGCAAGUUUGUCUCGCGGUGUAAAUGACGGCGGAGUUGAUAGCUACCCCCACCGGUCGCAGUUUGGAGACACGCCGAAUCCCGACAGCCCUGAACUGCCCACCUACUCGGCCAGUUACAUGAACGAGCUCAAAAUAAAUGGAUCAGGAGUUGGUGGCGGUGGUGGUGGUGGCGGCGGUGGUUCCAGCACUACCUCCUUCCUCCAGAACCGUGUGGUAGCUGCUCUCAACGGUCUAGAUGCCAUUGGCGGAUCGAGAACGAAGCGUGGGGUUCUGCCCAAACGCGCGACCCAGGUCAUGAAGCAGUGGCUUUUCCAGCAUCUCGUUCACCCCUAUCCGACAGAGGACGAGAAACGGCAGAUUGCGGGCCAGACGAACCUCACACUGCUGCAGGUCAACAAUUGGUUCAUCAACGCCAGACGUCGGAUCCUGCAGCCCAUGCUGGAGUCCACCGGUCCGUAUUCUUCGUUCAGUAGGUCCACCACCAAAGCUGGCGAAGGUGCCAUGGCGUGGGGUGGGCAUAAGUCAAAAAACACCGAUCAGCCAUUGGUUAAUAAAAAGAAGAAAGCAGCUACCGCUAGACCCUCAAACAAUCGAUUUUGGCCAGCCAGCCUCGCGGCCGCAGCUGUUCUCCUUCCAAACGCCUCCGGAUUGAUUUCAGGCAGUUCUUCCUGCGCUCGCAGCGCCGAGACAGCGUUGGCCUGGGCGAAAUCGCGCACAGGUUCCACAAGUCCUGGAGCAGCCGUCGCUGGCGCUUCCAACGGUGAUUCCUCACCGUCUUCCACGAAUCCCCAUCACCCUCGAACACGGAAGCUCUCGGAGAGCGAGGCGGAGGAGAUGCGACACGCGGGAGGCUAUGGGGACCUCGGAUUCCGUCGAUUCGGCUCCUACGGUUAUCAGGAGGGAGGCAUGGCGGGUGGAAGGAAUCUCUGCGUAUCGACUCCGAAGACAGAGGCUACCGACCAACUGAACCAGGUUGCCUAUGUUGGACGGUCGUCAAGUGCAGCCAAUUCUUACCAAUCAUUUUUGCACCAGGCCGUAAUUCAACAGCAGCAGCAGCAGCAACUUCAACAUCAUCAUCAUCAUCAGCAGCAGCAACUGCAUCAUCACCAUCACCAUCAUCACCACAACCAUAAUUCACAGACCGCCGAUGACAUCAAGCCUCCAGCACCGCCGUCUUCCGAUAACCACUUCUGCGCCAGCCUCACCGACUACAGCAAUUGGACCCACUUCCUCGAAGAUCGCCAGUCGUCGUGUGACUACGUCGCGGCUCUGGGGCCAUACGCGCGGCCUGACGAAGGCAUCUACUUCCACGGCCAACAGAUGCAGUGGUCGUUCAACGCUAACAACGCCUCACAAUCGACGCAGUCCGCCUCAGACACCAGGUGGGCUGGAGGCGGUGUGGCCUAUUCCAGCGCGGCCUUCGCGACAGGCGGCGCUGUUGCCAUAGAGACGGAGCGACCUGCUGCAAUGUGA